AUGUGCGGAAUUCUCGCGGUUCUUGGAGCUGCUGAUGCUUCGGCUCGCACCCGAGCAAAGGUCCUCGAGUGCACCGCUAGGCUGCGCCACCGUGGACCCGAUUGGAGCGGCGUGCACACGUUCGGCAAUAACUUCCUCGCGCACGAACGGCUAGCCGUCAUCGACCCGGCGUCCGGGCACCAGCCGUUACGCAACGAGGACGGCAGCAUCGUGGUGGCCGUCAACGGCGAGAUCUACAACUACCAGCAGCUGCGGGAUGAGCUAAAGGACCGCCACACGUUCAACACCGGCAGCGACUGCGAAGUCAUCGCGCAUCUCUAUGAAGACGCGGGAGAGCAAGCCGUGCAGAAGCUGGACGGAAUCUUCGCGUUCGUGCUGCUCAACACAAAGGACGGCUCGUACAUCGCGGCGCGCGACCCAAUCGGCGUGUGUCCGCUCUACAUCGGCUGGGGUCGCGACGGCUCUAUGUGGUUCGCGUCAGAAAUGAAGGCUCUUAAAGACGACUGCGAGCGCUUCGAGACGUUCCCGCCCGGCCAUAUUUACUCCAGCAAAGACCACACCCUCCGUCGCUGGUACAAUCCCGCGUGGUACGACGAGCACAUCCCCUCCGCGCCGUACGACCCGCUCGCGCUGCGCGCCGCGUUCGAGAAGGCCGUCGUGAAGCGGCUCAUGACGGACGUGCCGUUCGGCGUGCUUCUAUCGGGGGGCCUCGACUCCUCGCUCGUCGCCGCCGUCGCGCAACGCCAUUUGGCGUCUACGGAAGCAGGGAAGCAGUGGGGCCCUCAGCUUCACUCCUACUGCAUCGGUCUGGAGAAUGCCCCUGACCUGCGGGCAGCGAAAGAAGUCGCGGAUUACAUCGGAACAAACCAUCACGAACUACACUUCACUGUACAAGAGGGCAUAGACGCGAUUUCCGAAGUGAUUUACCACACGGAAACCUACGACGUCACAACAAUCCGCGCCAGCACGCCCAUGUUUCUGCUGAGCCGCAAGAUCAAGGCGCUGGGGGUGAAGAUGGUGCUAUCUGGGGAAGGUAGCGACGAGGUUUUUGGGGGUUACCUGUACUUUCACAAGGCGCCCAGCAAGGAGGAAUUUCACGUGGAGACGUGUCAUAAGCUCAAGGCACUUCACAUGUACGAUUGCCUGAGGGCCAACAAGGCCACGUCAGCAUGGGGGCUGGAGGCGCGCGUUCCCUUCCUGGAUAAGGAGUUCCUUGACGUGGCAAUGAGCAUUGAUCCUCAGUAUAAGAUGAUUCGCAAAGAGGACGGCCGCAUUGAGAAGUGGGUCAUCCGGCGGGCCUUCGACGACGAGGAGAAGCCGUACCUUCCCAAGCAUAUCCUGUACCGCCAGAAGGAGCAGUUCAGCGAUGGCGUGGGGUACAGCUGGAUCGAUGGUCUCAAGGCGCAUGCAGAGAGGAUGGUAUCGGAUCAAAUGAUGGCCAACGCUCCUAACCUCUUCACGCACAACACGCCCAAGACGAAAGAAGCGCUGUUCUACCGCCUCAUCUUUGAGAAGCAUUUCCCCCAGCUGUCUGCUCGUCUCACUGUGCCUGGGGGCCCCAGUGUUGCCUGUAGCACAGCGGCGGCUGUAGCAUGGGAUGCUGCCUGGCUGGGAAACCUGGACCCCUCUGGCCGUGCUGCUCUGGGCGUGCAUGCUGCUGCUUAUAACGAGGAUGCAGGUGGUAACCAGAAGGCUGGUAACCGUGUGACAACGUGUGUGGAGCAGGCUGGAGUGGUGGUGGGGGGUGGGAGCGGUGGGAAGAGGAGUCAGGGGGAGGAGGGGGGGCAACCAAAGUCGCCUCCUAAGAAGAAAAAGACGGACCUUGUGAUGCCGUAUUUGGCUGUAGCAUAA